UAUAUAAUCUAUUUUGUUGUCAUUGUCACAUGCAGUGAAUAUAUCCUGGACCUUCUAGAAAGUGGAAGAGAGAAAUUUCUCGUAUUUGCACAUCAUAAGGUGGUUCUGGAUGCAGUUACUAAGGAACUUGAGAGAAAGCACGUGCAGCACAUCCGCAUUGAUGGCUGCACCCCCUCAGCGGAUCGAGAGGCACUGUGCCAGCAGUUCCAGCUGUACGAGGGGCACUCAGUGGCAGUACUGUCCAUUACUGCUGCCAACAUGGGCCUCACCUUCUCCUCGGCUGACUUGGUGGUGUUCGCUGAGCUCUUUUGGAACCCAGGGGUGUUGAUCCAGGCUGAGGACCGGGUGCACCGCAUUGGACAGACAAACUCCGUGGGUAUUCACUACCUGGUGGCGAAAGGCACAGCAGAUGACUACCUUUGGCCCCUGAUUCAAGAGAAGAUUAAAAUUCUGGGGGAAGCUGGGCUUUCUGAGACCAAUUUCUCAGAAAUGACAGAAGCUACGGAUUACUUGUACAAGGACCCAAAGCAGCAGACGAUCUAUGACCUAUUCCAGAAGUCCUUUGAGGAAAAUGAAAGUGACAUGGAGCUCCUGGAGGCAGCAGAGUCCUUUGACCCAGGGAGUUCUUUAGGAACCUCUGGAAGUGGUUCCCAGGACCUUGGAGACAACCUGGAUGAAAGCACCUUGACGGCCAGUCCACCAAAGAAAGGGAGAUUUGAAUUUUUUGAUAACUGGGACAGCUUUACCUCUCCUUUCUAAGAAGAGCAAAAAUAAUGUUUUUUUUAGAUCAUGUAAUUCCCAGUCCCUCCAAAAAAUAAAAUAAAAUAAAAAUCAUGGAAUUCAUUAAAAUAAAAUAAAACAAGGUAUUUUGUUUAUAAGGCCUGUAUUCCUCUUGUCAUGUAGCAGUACCUGGGUCUGUCUUCAAGCCCAGUGGGAUACCAGCAUUUCCAUUCCUACUUCACUAGGAAGAAACUUGCUUCAGGGCUUAAUUAACCUUAGUCUUUCCUGGCUUAGAAAGAGACAAUGGCUUGUAAUAGUGAUAAUUCACAUUCUUUAAAUAAUGAGGUACUGCAAACAAUCCCCAAUAUCUAUAUUUUAAUAAUUACAUAUUUAUAGAGUACCUAAUGUGUGUCAGUCACUGUCCUAAGUGCUUCACUAAAAAAAAUGACAAUUGGGUGUCUUGGUGGAGGAGCAAUAUGUAUAAACCCUCUUCC